GCUAUGGAUUUCUCACCAGAUGAUGACCUGUUGAAUGAGCAAAGUUUAUUUUUGAAAUUAAAACGAAAGAAAGUAAAUCAAAAAAUUCACGCUAUAAAUUUGGGAAGAAAGGCAUUUCAUAAUUUGCUUGAUGAGCUGCGCCAACAUGAGAAUAUAUUUGUGGAAUGUACUAGGAUAAAAAUAAGCACAUUUUAUUACAUUUUAAUACAAAUUGAACCACUAAUUAUUAAAAAUCGGACUAAUUUUAAUAAAACCCCAAUUAUGUAUGCUGAAAAAUUGAUAGUGACGUUAAGGCCUCUUUUUCAUCUGUUAAAUAUGAUCGUGGAAUGUGGCAGCAAACACCAUACAGCAUGAAAAUCCGCGACUUUGUGCCAGCCCUGUUCGACAGGAAUCUUGACUUUUACAAGUAUUGGACAAGGCAUAUAAUGAAUAGGGAAGAAAUCAGACAAACAAUGUUUUACCCAGGAACUGUAUUGAUUCACGAGCCUUUUGACGUAAACGUGACAAUGGAAUCCAAUGGAAUGCCCAUAAAUGGCCGCUACAAGUUUACUACCAUCAUAAAAGCCUUUGACUCCAACAAUGUGCAGCGUGACACAUACAUCUGCUUCGAAGUAAUAGGCGACGUUAACAGGCUGUAGAUGAGAAGAAGGGAAUGUACUUUGUUCAACACUAACCUAUAAAGAACAAUAUACGCAUUAAUUAGCUCUUGAA